AAACUUACUCUAUUUUCGAUUAAUUCAGCUCCUAAACUGCUUGACAAUAGUAUAGAGAUGAAGUUAUUAAUAUCAGUGAUAGUUUUAAUUUCCUUUACUGCUCUUGUUCUGGGCCAGAGCCAUAACUACCUUUGGGGCACUAGGAAACCACGGGAUAUGCUGUUGUACCGCACUAAUGCAAGCAAGCCAUCAUCGUUUAUGCGAAUCAAGAGUAUGGAUUUACAUUAUCCGACAAAGGGGCAAAAAGGUCGCAACAUUACGACAAUUAACAUCGUUGAUCAAUAUGUAGACGGAAAGGGCGGGUAUGCCAGUCUGGCAACAGGAGGUGUCGGUUAUAAUCAUACAACGAUCCAUUUAAAAUCACAGCGCGGAAAAGGAUUCAAUUUUAUGGUGGAUGUUUCAUAAUUUCCCUGUGGCUAUGACAUAAUAUAUACAGGCUAAAUACCCUAGCAGCACACAGUUUUGCACAGUUUGCAACGGAAAUCAUCUUAUAAGGAAUGCAACCGUGCAAUCACAAUAACGGACAUCAUAGUGUUGAGCCUGUUGAGCAAAUUUUUAAAAUAGGGCUCUUCGUAGAAUUAAAUUUUGCACACAUAUUUGACUUAGUAAACUAAGUAUUUCCCAUGUCGGAUGAACUUUUUAGACUCUAAGUAGUUUUCUAAAAGGGCGUAAGUAUUUUGGCAAACACUGUAUUGAAAUUAUUGUAGCUCAGAAAACUUUAGUUGUAUAGAACAACUUUUUAGGGACAAAGUAUGGGGAAUUGAGUUGCCAAAAAAUGUCAACUCAAAAAAAUCGUUUUCAGUAAAUAAAAAUGAAAAUAAGCACUGAA